AUGGGGAGGAGAAUUCGUGAGAAAGAGUGUGCGUUGCCGAGUAGAAAUUCCAGUAGUAGCCAUCAUACUCACCCGGGACGAGUUUGGGGAAUUCUUCAUGUUAUAAAGUACCAUCAUUGGCGACAGGUGAAGAGAAGGCUUACAACAAGAAGGCAUGGUGGUGGAAGACCUGAUGAAAGAGUUGAAAGGCCAGGAACUUCUGAUGAUUCUGGGCUUAACUCUAUGCCAGACCAUUGUAUUCCAUAUACAGAGUUAUCUAAUGUUGAAGAAAAGCUGGAACAGUCCCCUUCUCCAUCCAAAAGUUCUAUCAAAUCCCGAUUUAGGUCGCUUAUCAAUGAAGAUAUAUACAGAAGGAAAAGUCGACACAAGAGAAGCUCAACUUGCCCUGCAAAGACACUGCAACUACCUCAUGCUGAUUCCGUUCAUAACUUGGAGGUUGACCCACUUAGUGAAUUGUUACUAACUGUUGAGAACCCUGAACCAGUUCUAAGAACCUUUCAGAACCAUCUUGCAGCUGGCACACUGGAUGCAUUAUCACCAGUUUUCUCUGAUAAACGAAUUGCCAACUGUGACAAAUGCGUAGAUUGUGGUACAAUGUUUUGUAGUGACACUUUGGAGCAAAGCAAGAUUCAUAAUCAUAAACACUUGAGUUCUCCCAUUCAAGAUGGCCCGGAAGAGAAGUCGUUUAAUGCCCAGAUACUCACAACUGAUGCUUCACCCCACCUCUUCAAGGACUUUCUUGAUGCAUUGGAUGUGAUAAACGCAAACAAGAACUUUCUAUUAGAAUACAUACAGGAUCCAGGUUCUCCUCUGCCAUUUCACACUCACCAUCAACAAUCUUUGAAAGCUAAUGUGAGACGAGCCAGGUCUCUUUCGUUUCCUGUAUCUGCCUCAUCAUCUGGAAAGCAAGAUUCUGAUCCAGGUCAACUCAUAGACCAAAUGAUAGAUGAUCUGUUAAUUGCAGAAAAAAAGAACUUACAAACUCAGAGAAGCAUGCCAAAUGAAUCCACACGUUACCGUUUAGAAGAUUCUCACAAACAGUUCAUACCAUGUGGUUCUUCGCAUAAUUUCGAACAAGUAGGUGAAAGAGAUCUUAAAUCGACACCAGUUUCAUCCCGGGUUCCACACAAUGUGAGAACUAGCCACUUCAGGGAUCUUAGAAAGAAGAUGAAGCGCUUAAUUGAAGAGGGAAGAAACGAAAAGCGUCGCAUUACCAUGGAUGCCAUACUUGACAAAAUUCCUCGGGGAAAGAGACUUACAAAAAAUAUGAAGAAGUUGAUUCAUGACAAGUCCAAAGACCCCACAGUCAAUGGGGAAGGUGAAGAAAGUUCCACAAGUGGUUUUGAGAACCGUCUCUCUUCUAUGUCCUUCAACAAGCGUCAACGACCACCCAUGAGGAAUUCUUCUCUAAAAGAAUCAAUUGGAAGAUAUUCGCAGUUGUACGAUACUUGUUUUAAUAGUGAAGCCAAGUAUCCUAGAGUUGAAAGCUCAAGAGUGAAAGAAGAAGAGAAAAAUUCUACAUUAAAGACGCCAAAAUCCUUCAAAAGGUUUCUUUCAAUGCCUAAUUUGAAAUCUUACUUUCACCACAAUGAUGAGUCUUCUUUCCUUUUAUCUCCCAAAAACUCAAUGAAGGUGCAUGGAGAUAGAAACAUAAGUGCAAAUGACAUUGAACAUGACCAUAAGAGGUUUAACCAUAGCGAGGACUCAAAAAGUCAAAUUUUUCCACCUACACUGGUUAAUAACACAAAUCAAGAAAUCAGCUUGAAUGCUGACCAAAAACAACUGCUUGUCAGGAGUGCUUCAAAAUCAGGAAUAAAUUUUAGUGCUGAGGAAAAGGAAACGAACAUGGGAAUUGAAUGUUUAGAAAACUUGAGAGACCGUGGUCAAGACAUUGGAGCUGAAGUAGAUACUUACCCCGCGGAAGCAAACUCAGCCUUCUCUUCUGAUACCAGCUUUCUUGACGUUUCAUUUGAUCUAGAGAACAUAGACAUUCCAGAAGGUUAUACAGAAGAAGUAAACUCAGAAAUAAAGCAAGGGCAAGACGAUGGAUCGGAUCAUAUGUCAGAGCAGCAAGAGGCUGAAGAAAAUCACCCGGAGGAGGGUGAGAAUUUUCAGAACAUUGGAACUCUAAACCAGAGCUUGAACUAUGAAUUUCCAUGUAUUGAAAUUGAUCCAAGUAAUGUAGCAGCAUUUAAUUAUGUGACAAAGGUUUUAGACCUCUCAGGGUUCACUGACCAGGAUUCCCUAGGGAUAUGGUAUUCUGAUAACCAACCAGUUGGUCCUGCAGUAUAUGAAGAAUUAGAGGGUUGCUUGCUUCUUGAUCCUCAUUGUUCUGGUAACAGUGGCGAAGGUGGAGAAUGUAACCACAUGCUUCUGUUUGAUAUAGUAAAUGAAGGGUUGUUGGAGAUUUUUGGAAGAUCUUACAACUAUUAUCCAAGACCCUUGUCUACUCUCUCCCAUGUUCAUCCACUGCCAACAGGAGAUAAUGUGCUCUAUGAUGUGUGGAAGCUUAUUAGCUGGUAUCUGAACUCAACAAUAUCUGAUAGUUACAUAUCAUUGGAUUAUUAUGUCAGCAAAGAUCUGUCAAAAUAUGAUGGGUGGAUGAAUCUUCAAUUUGAUUCUGAAUGUGUGGGGCUUGAGAUAGAUGACUUGAUUUUUGAUGAUCUUUUGGAGGAAAUAAUAUUCACCCAGUUGACCUAAGUUAUACCUGCUCCG